AUGAGGGACAGCGAGAUGGACGGAUCCACUCCGGCUGUCAGCAACCACGAAAUCCACCACGUUGAUGGGGAAAAGCGAUCGUUGCAUGACUCGGAUGAUGUCGAAAAGGGCCCCGCAGAGCCGGACAAUGGCGAGCAGACAGACAAUACCUGCGACCCGAACAUUGUCGAUUUCGACGGCCCAGAUGACCCGGAAAAUCCUCUGAACUGGACCAAGAAGAAGAAGGUGACUGCGACGGUGUCUAUUGCGUUGAUCACACUUCUCACACCUCUCGGCUCGUCAAUGUUUGCGCCCGGUGUGCCCCAAGUGAUGGCCGACUUUGGUCUCACAAACCCGGAGUUGUCAUCCUUUGUGGUGUCAGUGUAUUUGCUGGGAUACUGCUUUGGACCAUUGCUCAUCGCACCUGUCUCGGAGAUCUACGGGCGGCGAAUCGUCUACAAUGUCUGCAAUGUGCUCUAUGUCAUUUUCACCGUGGCCUGCGCCGUGGCCCCCGAGGUUGGAAGCUUGAUUGUGUUCCGGUUUUUUGCUGGCUGCGCAGGAAGCUGCCCCUUGACUAUCGGCGCGGGUUCCAUUGCGGACAUGUUUGUCCAGGAGAAGCGAGGCAGCGCCAUGGCCGCGUGGGCUCUUGGCCCUCUAAUCGGGCCUGUCAUUGGACCUGUUGCCGGUGGCUAUCUUACGCAGGCGGAGGGCUGGAGGUGGACUUUCUGGGUCCUGGCGAUUGCAAGCGGUGCCGUCGCCAUCAGCUCGAUCUUCUUUAUCCGCGAGUCUUAUGCACCAACGAUUCUGGCUCGUAAAACCAAGAAGCUGCGCAAAGAAACCGGCAACCCCAAUCUACGCUCUGCCCUUGAUUCCGGCCGAACACCCAAGGACCUCUUCCUGUACUCGAUUGUGAGGCCCACGAAGAUGCUCUUUCUCUCCCCGAUCGUCUUCAUGCUCUCCUUAUACGUUGCCGUGAUCUAUGGAUACCUGUAUUUGCUGUUCACCACAAUGACCCUGGUCUUCGAGGACCAGUACGGCUUCUCGCAGGGAUCCGUCGGGUUGGCAUAUCUGGGGAUUGGAAUUGGCUCGAUUAUUGGACUGGUCAUUCUGGGCGCUACCUCCGACCGGCUGUUGAAUUAUCUUGCCGCUAAGCAUGGCAGCAAGAAGCCCGAGUUUCGGCUGCCACCUUUGAUCCCCGGUUCGCUCUUUGUGCCGUUGGCGUUGUUUAUGUAUGGAUGGACGGCAUACUACAAAACCCACUGGAUCGUGCCGAUUAUCGGCACGUCUUUCCUGGGUGUUGGCAUGUUGAUCGCCUUUAUGACCAUCAGCACAUACCUGGUCGAUGCGUACACGAUCUACGCUGCCUCCGCCAUGGCUGCCAACACCGUCUUCCGAUCCCUGAUGGGAGCUCUUCUUCCUCUGGCCGGCGGGAAAAUGUACCAGACCCUAGGUUUGGGCUGGGGCAACUCCCUCCUCGGUUUUAUCGCACUGGCGCUGUGCCCGCUACCGAUUAUCUUCUAUAUUUACGGCGAGCGCAUCCGGACGAGUAAGCGCUUCCGAGUCGAAUUUUAA